CUUCAACAUCUGGAUUUUCUUCAUUGUGUGCUAAAGUAGAUGAUUGAUCUGUGGAAGGCUUGGAAACAAAAACCUUUCUUCAGGAAUAUUGCUUUUUCUAAGGCUUGUCCCAUACGGAAGCACUAAAUGAUGGAUGUGUGGGCCAGAGUAGCAGCUCUGUCUCUGGCGCUGCAACAGCUGGUGAUUACUGUCACGGCUCAAGGGAUUAUCUACGACCUGCUGGUGUCUCCAGACUGCCUGCCAGACUUGCUACAAGGAAGCCUGAAGAACAAAGGGCGAGAUGAGGCAUUCCUCCUCUCUUCCUUUAGGAUCCAUACCAAGACCCCUACCUCUCUCUACAGUGUCAUCAACCCCAAAGACAACAGCAAGUACCUGGAGGUCAGCGUGCAGGACAAACUGAGCAAGGUAACCAUGCAUUACCAGAGGACAGACGGCAGAUUUGUCACAACCAGUUUCAACCACGGUUCCCUGGCAGAUGGCCAAGAUCACCAUGUGAUGCUACAUGCCAGGGGUCUACAGAGCGGUCCACCUCGCCUCAACAUCUAUGUAGACUGCAGACUGGUGCACAGUUUGGAUGAUCUGCCUGCUGCGUUUGGGUCCCUCCCUCCUGGUCCCAACAGGGUGGCACUUAGGACCCUGCAGUCGAGUUCCAAGGAUGAACUGACUGACUUGAAGCUGGUCAUAGAAGACACAAUAGACAAUGUGGCAACUCUGCAGGACUGCAGUGUGGAUCAGGGUGAAUCUCUUCAGCUGCUAAGCAUCCAGGGAGCCAGGACAGAACACGACCAAGCCUCCAUGGAGGAGCUGAAGAGCAUGUUUUCUGAGAUGAAAGAGCUGCUCAUCAAGCAGAUUAAGGAGACAACUUUUUUGAGGAAUACAAUCACGGAGUGUCUUGCCUGUGGUCUGGGGGGAAAUCCAACUAACACGGGUCCAGCAAGUCAGCCUCUGACCCAGUGUCCACCUGGCACCUGUUUCAGACAGAACAUGUGCGUCCUCUCAGAGUCGGGUGGUUUUCAGUGCACGUCUUGUCCUGACGGGUUUACAGGAGACGGGGUGUACUGUGACGAUGUUGAUGAGUGCAAGUUUAAUCCAUGUUAUCCUGGUGUCCGCUGUGUAAACACUGCCCCUGGUUUUCGCUGUGAGAAAUGCCCUCUGGGUUACAACGGGCCAGAGAUUAAUGGAGUGGGAGUUUCCUACGCUAAGUCCCGCAAACAGGUCUGUGACGAUAUAGACGAGUGUCUGGGCCCGCCGAAGGAUGGAGGUUGCACUGAAAACUCGCACUGCUACAACACGAUAGGCUCCUUCCGCUGCGGAGAGUGUAAAACUGGCUUCACAGGUGACCAGGUGGGAGGCUGCCAUGGAACCAGGCUUUGCCCCAAUGGUCAACCCAGCCCCUGUCACACAAAUGGAGAGUGUGUUGUGGAGAGAGACGGCAGCAUUAGCUGUGUGUGUGGCGUCGGUUGGGCAGGUAACGGCUAUGUGUGUGGAAAGGACACAGAUAUUGAUGCAUAUCCUGACAAUAAGCUCCAGUGCCGUGACAACAACUGUAAGCAGGAUAACUGCCUUUCUGUACCAAAUUCUGGCCAAGAGGAUGCAGACAGCGACGGGUUGGGUGACUCCUGUGAUAACGAUGCAGACAGCGAUGGCAUUGUUAACAUAGAUGACAACUGCUGGCUCGUACCUAACGUGGACCAGAAGAACAGUGAUAAGGAUCUCCUUGGCGACGCCUGUGACAACUGCAGAACAGUUGAAAAUCCCUCACAGAGGGACACCGAUCAGGACGGGCUAGGAGACGAAUGUGAUGAUGAUAUGGACGGGGACGGCAUUAAGAAUAUCCUUGACAACUGCCAGCGAGUCCCCAAUAAAGGCCAGGAAGACAGAGACACAGAUGGGGUGGGAGAUGCCUGUGACAGCUGUCCUGACGUACCCAACCCUAACCAGUCUGACUCAGACGAUGACCUUGUCGGAGACAUCUGUGACGACAACAUCGACAGUGACGGUGAUGGCCACCAGAACACAAAAGACAAUUGUCCCACGCUCAUCAACUCCUCCCAGCUGGACACCGACAAGGAUGGAAUGGGAGAUGAAUGUGAUGAUGACGAUGAUGGCGAUGGCAUAAUGGACGAUGACGAUAACUGCAGACUAGUCGCCAACCCAGACCAGAAGGACACAGACGAUAACAAUGUUGGAGACGCAUGCGAAGGCGAUUUUGACAAAGACAGCGUCAUUGACGUAAUCGACCACUGCCCAGAGAACGCUGAGGUCAGCCUGACCGACUUCAGAGCCUAUCAGACCGUAGUGCUGGAUCCGGAGGGGGACUCUCAGAUUGACCCCAACUGGGUGGUCCUGAAUCAGGGCAUGGAGAUAGUUCAGACCAUGAACUCUGACCCUGGCCUUGCUGUUGGCUACAAAGCUUUCAGUGGGGUCGACUUUGAGGGGACGUUCCACGUUAACACCGUGACCGAUGACGACUAUACUGGUUUCAUCUUCGGCUACCAGGACUCCUCCUCCUUCUACGUGGUGAUGUGGAAACAGACAGAACAAACCUACUGGCAGGCUGCUCCUUUCAGGGCUGUUGCCGAACCAGGAAUACAACUCAAGGUAGUUAAGUCAAAGACCGGUCCUGGUGAGUAUAUGAGGAACUCCCUGUGGCACACAGGAGAUACCCCUAAUCAGGUCCGCCUCCUGUGGAAGGACCCCAGGAAUGUUGGCUGGAAGGACAAGGUGUCCUACCGCUGGUUCCUGCAGCACAGACCACAGGUCGGAUACAUCCGUGCUCGCUUCUUCGAGGGCUCAAAACUGGUGGCGGACACAGACGUGAUAAUUGACACGAGUAUGAGGGGCGGCAGACUGGGUGUGUUCUGCUUCUCUCAAGAAAACAUCAUCUGGUCCAAUCUUAAGUAUCGUUGCAACGACACUAUUCCUGCUGACUACAAGGAUCUCAAUGCCCAGAACACAGAGUGAAGCCAGGGGAGCCAUCCAUUAGUAGAGGAGCAGAGCUCCACUACAGCUAGAGGGCCCAGUUGUGGGAGAAAAUGUUGACAUUCGAGUGACAGGGUGCAAGGAAACUAUAACAUUGAGCAUUAAAUUGUCUAUUUGUGUUUAAACUGAAGCAACACUUCAGAAACUUGUAUUAAUCAGCAGGUUGUAUGUUUAUGCAAAAUUGCAAAUGCAAUUCUAUGAGCAUUUAAUGACUUCGGUCAAGAUGUAAUACUUUUUGUGAAUACAUUGGAAUUACAAUAACAUUCUGAACAUUAAAGAUAAUGUUGUGUUAUUUAUCUGUAUGAGAGAAAGCUUCAGGAAAUAAAUCCACCACAUGGCGUUUGACGGCUG